UUGUAUUCUUAGUGAACAAAGUUUUUCCAUAUUUUCAAUUUUUAAAUGUCAUUUUUGCUCAACAAUGCAAGAACAAUGAUUCUACAUUAUACAUAUAAUAGAUUUUUUCGAUAGCUAAAAUUUGUCAUCAACCAGCUAUUUGUAUUUCAAAGAACAGCCUAAGCCGUUGCACACAUUUUGGUUUCAUUAAGAGUCCAAACAAUACCUCAUUUAACUUGACACAAUGUGUCUUUUUCAUUACUCAGGUUAAUCUAUCACCCUUGAACUGUUUUAUGGCCUUUGACGUCAGACCCCACUUCACUCUACUUACCUGCUGCCUUCAUCAUAACUAGACUUGCUGUUUUGUAAUUGAUUCCAAAGGUGCUGGAACCUCACUUAUUGAUAAAAAGCUACAUUAGUUAGCAAGUAUACACAGAAUAUAUUAUGUGUGUUGAUGCACACAUUUAAGGAACAGAGUAAUCAGAUUUAAACGUACAGAAAUAUGGAAGAAUAGAAAGAGGGAGGACUGUAAUGAAAAUGUAUGUUCUGCUUCUUGGAGUUUACCGAACACUGGGGAAUCACACAGGUUCUGUGGUUGGGUUGGUCUGAUCAACACGAAUUAUAGAAGUCUCAUUUGGAAGAUUCAUGAAUGGAUUGCAUCAGAUCUUAUUGUGUUUAUUUUUCUUAUGGUAAGUGCCACCCUGCAUAUAUUCUGCUCCUGCAAUGAUCAUGCACCUUGGAUGAAUGAGGUCUUGCUUGUUGGGAAGGUGUGACAGACUCAGAUUUAUUAGCCUCAGCAUCGAGCAAAGUCCGACUGAGAGCCUUUACACAGCACCAUCUGUGAGACACCCUGUGUCUGUUUUCCUCCCUGUCCUGCUCUGAGUCCUGGAGGACUGUACAGUUAUGAAUGAGAGCUUACAAAGACCCAUGACACCCCUCUCCUAUGGACAAUGAACAUCUCAGACUACCCCUUGGAUCACCCCCAGCCCACAGCCCACCACUCUGCCGAGUACAUACAGGACCUUGUGUCACAAGAGGGACCAUCGACAUCUCAGGAGUUAAAGCCAGACCCAGACGGUAGGGCAACUCAAGAAGAGGGCUGUCCCGUGUGUGGUGACCGGGUGUCAGGAUAUCACUACGGUCUACUCACCUGUGAGAGCUGUAAGGGCUUUUUUAAGCGCUCUGUACAGAACAACAAGCGCUAUUCAUGUGCAGACGCACAGUGCUGCCCCAUGGACCCAGCCCAGAGGAAACGAUGCCCUUACUGCCGCUUUCAGAAAUGUCUAGCUGUUGGCAUGAAGAAAGAAGCUGUACGUGCGGACAGAAUGAGGGGUGGCCGAAACAAGUUUGGACCUCUAUACCGACGGGACAGGCAUCUGAAACAGCAAAGGGGGAUCUACUACCAGAUGAACAGUGCCCCCUACAGGGUCAAAUUUGAGGGACCACAAGCACUGGUACCUGCCACGCCUCAUGAUUUUCAUGUCCUCAACCCCUCCCCUGCGUCUCUUGGCUCUGACCAUUACCAUCCACCUCAGCCCUUUCAUCCCAGCAUGAGCCAGUCCGAGUUUCCCAUGCUGUUGGACUGCACCAUGCCCAGAGACCGGACACUGUCUGAUCCAUCCCUACCUUUCCAUACACUGUGCUAUCCAGGCUUCCAAGGAUAUCCUCCUGAGAAAAGAGAGCUCCCCUUUAGCUAUAGCUCUGCUUCGGUGACACCCCCUGCUCCAAUCUCUCCUACUGUUCUCUCCACACCUGCACCUACACCCACUGCUACACUCACGCCAACCUCACCUCCAAGCUCCACUCCAACUCUAGCACAGAACCUGAUACCCACUUCAACGCCAACCCCUAGUUCAUGCUUCCUAAAAGAGCUCCUACAGGCUGAGCCAGAUGAGAAGCAGCUCUGCAUGCGGGUGUUAGCAAGCCUCCAAAAAGAACAGGCCUGCCGCGGAAAACAUGACUGCCUCAACACCUUCAGCAUCAUGUGCAAAAUGGCUGACCAGACUUUGUUUGGACUGGUGGAGUGGGCAAGAAACAGCACACUGUUCAAGGAGCUCAAGGUGGAGGAUCAAAUGGUGUUACUGCAGAGCUGCUGGAGUGAGCUUCUUGUUCUGGAUUACUUAUGUAGGCAGGUGGCUUAUGGGAGAGGUGGCAGCAUCUGUCUGAUUACUGGACAACAGAUUGAAGUAUCAACCAUCCUCAGUCAGGCUGGAGCAACUCUUAGUAGUUUGGUGUCCAGAACCCAGGACCUUGUCUCCAAGCUUAGGUCACUACAGCUAGACAGAGAGGAGUUUGUGUGUCUCAAAUAUCUGGUUCUCUUCAAUCCAGACAUUAAAUCAGUACUGGACCAAAGGCAGGUAGAACAAACUCAAGAGCGUGUAAACAAGGCUUUGAUGGACCACACUAUGCAAACCCACCCAGGUCACCCUGACAAGUUUGGACAACUGUUGCUCCGUCUACCCGAGGUGCGCAGUAUCAGUCUACAGGUGGAGGAAUACCUGUAUCAGCGCCACCUGCUGGGAGAUUUGCCAUGCAACUCAUUGCUGACUGAAAUGCUUCAUGCCAAGCACACAUGA